GUUGUUCUGUCCCGCAUUCGCGCUAACCUAGCCCACAGUGCAGCUGCGAGACGAAAUGCCACAGCACGAGCGCAGCCGGCAGCGCUCAUCAGACGCGACCCUUCACGCACUGCCCUCAGUACGAAAGCAGGCUUGCGACCGACCGGGUGCGCAUACGUGUAGAUACGACGCUUCCCUCGACCGAAUUUCCGUACCGUUGCUCGCCCUCGCAAGGAAGAGAAAACGAACGUACGAAAAAAAAGCAAAACGAUCGAAAAUUGCCGUGCGAUUUUAAACGUGAAACAAAUUAAAAAAACGAAAUAACUGUGAAUAAAUCAAAUCAACAAAGCGAAAAGUAAGUGUCGCAUUUAAAACCAACAGCCACAGACGUAGAAAGGCAGUAGUGCAGUGAAAAGGAGUCAUUUAGCUAGAUGAAAUCCUUUGCAAACGUGUGAAAUUCGAUAACACUCACUUUACAUACCCACACGCACACGCAUUUGGUUUGUUUUUUUAUGCUUCUUCUUGUGGCGGAUUCGGUUUAAGUUGCCCUUUACGCCAUUUAAACGCAAAUCGGUUUUGUGUGUUGGAGCUGAAAUAAUCUCUUGCACAAAGUGUAUGUGUAUGCUUCCCGGCUUAUCCCCUGUGAAACCGAGCCUAACAACAAACCGGUGUGCCAGUUGGUUGUGUUAUCAAAGUCGAGUAAGUUGAUCUGUGCCCCGCGCCUUGCUGUUGAUGAGAACGAAUAUUCGAAUCCGAAGUUCGCACAGCAGAGAUUAAGCGAUUUUUGGAGUGAAACAAUUGUGCAUCUGUGUUCUGAAUCCGCUCAAACGAAAAUAAAAUAAAAAGGAGCAAAUUGCUGCGUGCAAUCAACCUCAUCCAAGUAGUCGACGACAAAGUGUGCCCGUGAGUGCAUGUGGUGUCUGGCUCUGUCAAUGUGUUGUUGUUGACAGUGUGUGUUUUUUGCAAUAAAGUUAUUGAGUGCGUUUGCGGAUCGAAAAUGAUCGAAAACUUCGAGUCCAAGAUUACCUUCGAAAUACCGACCAAUCUCGACUUUGACAAGCUGAUCCGGGGCAACAACUACACGCUGUUCUGGCAGAACCUGCACCAGCAGCAGCAGCAGCAUCACUACCAGGGCACCGUCGCCAGCGGUGCGGCAGCCCGGCUGGCCGCCGUCGGUACGGCCGGUGCGUCGGCCGCCACCGCAGCCGCAGCGGCCACGUUCGGCGGCAUGGGCUCGGACGGCGGCGGCAGCCCGUUCGGCGGUGGGUUCGGUUCGUCCGGCUCGAGCCUGUUCGGGGGCAUCGACUACAGCAACGGCAGCAGCGACUACGGGCUGCUGAACAGCCUGCAAACGUUCGCGAACCGGGGCCGGGAUGGGCUCGGAGUGGGCCCCGGCACCGAGCAAAUGCUCGACCCGACGUACGAGCGGUUCAUCGGUGACGUCUGGGUCGGCAUCGUGCUCACGCUCAUGAUCCUGUCGUCGAUCUUCUGCAUGUGCUCCUGCUUUCUGUAUCACAAAUUUCGCCAGUGGCAACGAAACGUACUAACGGCACGCUCGCAAACACUUUCCUCGAUGGACAUCGAAACGCCGCCCCCGUACGAUGCGGAAUCCCUGCCGAGCUACACGAUCGUGUCCGGGCUGCCCAGCUACCAGGACGCGAUCGAGCAGCUGAAGCAGAAGCAGAUGAAGUACUACGAACCGGUCAAGGUGCAUCGGCCCUCCGUCAUGAAGCUGUUCGAGUCGCAGGAUCUCCUCAGCCAGUCAGCAGCUCCACCGGCACCGUCAGCCGCCCAGCCGACCACCGCCAAGCUGGAGGAGAUCCGGUACAACUUCGUGCGCCCGCUCUCGGUACAGGACGGCGUGAGUCCACUGCCGGAAGCAACCACUAGCAGCAGCAUCAUCACCACUACCGGCCCAACCGUUCUUCCCGCCGGUUCAUCACAGCAUCCAGCAGCGUCGCAGCCACUGCCACCGCCACCACCGUACAAGAGUCAAAUCUCCACCAUCUCGACCGCCUCGUCUACAGGCGCGGCCGGCGUCGGUGGAGUGGUCGUUGGCAGUAUGGUGGUAGAGCUGCCGGCCCAACACGCCCCGGUGGUCCCGAUGGUCACCACCACGGUCCGGUUGCCGCAGAAGAAGCCUGCUAGUGCGAGCAUUUGCCAGUACACGAUCGAGCACGAGCGACCGGCGGCCGGGGGGGCUCGCAGUUGAAGAACCGAACGGCUCAGGCUAGCCACCAUGCGGUACACUGCGCGAGUGGACUAGGAUACUAAAGGGAUAGAUACAAAACGGUGCAGCAAAACGCAAACGCUCGAGAUGAUUACAAAUCACUGACUGUGUUAUUAACGAUUAAUUUAUAUAGAUAGUAAACGUAAACUUUGGUGGGUGCUCCAUCGGAUGUUGAGCGGAGAGAGAUGUAGGCAGAGUUGAUGCACAACGGGAGAGCUGUGAGCAGUUGUUCGGUUUAGUCUUUCCGGAAGAGUGUACUCCUGUUUUCAGAGUCUUACAGUAUCGUGUUCAUGCGGCUUAAAAAAGGCCUUUGACAGAUGAGGUUAGUGACAGCGAAACGACUCUUCUGCUUGAUCGUGGAGAAGAAGUUCCCCAACAAUCGCAUCCAAUUCUCCAAUGCAAUCAAUCUCAGUUUGCAUCUUCUCCCUUAGCACGUAGGAGAGCUAUUAGAUGUAGUUAAAACGACGUUGAAGUUGAUAGUCAGUGUCCCGGUAGGUCCUGUCAGUAGUCAGGUACCACACGUGAAGUAGGAGCACCGUACCAACCGUACACACACACACGUACACUCUGAUGGCUCCUUUUUCAUCGUACGCAAUUGACUUCCAGUCAGUUCCUGCAUGUACAUGGUACUAGUAGUAUCGAAAAUGCAUUUAGCAAAAGGACCCAACACGAGUCAGACGAUUGAGAAUGGUUUAAGUAACGGACGCGAGGUCUUGACAAGAGAGAGACCCAGACUUCUUACACUUGUACACAUUCUUAUUCGGAUCAGCGUGUAGGUGUGUGUGCGUGUGUAAUUCCCAGUGCGAUAGGGAUGUAUAUCAAUAUAGUAUAGAGAUUGUAGCAAGGUUAUAACAGUCACCGCCAGAUUAGAUGCAUAGAUAUACAUAUAUUUACAAAAACAAAAAUUAGAGUCAAAGAAGAUUGUGUUGCAGUUUUUUUUUGUGUAGAACAUUUCGAACAAUUCCCACACAACCACACACACACACGCAUUCUGUUUUUAAAUAUAUUAUUGCAAGAUAAAAGACCCUAUGUUACGGAAGAAGAGACUGCACGUUCUAGGAGGAGAUGUACCAGAAACUCGAAGACUCGUCCCCCUGAGCAGAUACAUUUUUAUUAGACUGUAGAACGAUGUGUUAGUAAUUGAUAACGAUAGUUCAGGGGAAUGGACGUAAACGGUUUUUCAAUUUAUUAGACCAUUACUGGAGAAAUAAUUGUAACAAAAAAGGAAAAAAGGCACACCCCCAAUUGGACAUUUUUUUGUACGUGUUACCUUCUUGAGGGGGAACAAAAAACCUCCCCACCCUGUUUCGGAAGCGUGUAAAAUGGAAAGUGGAAGCUCAAUAUAAUAAAUUGUGUUUUGCGCGAGUGAAAAUUGGAUGCAAAUUUUAUGUAAAA